CAGCCCACGGUACAAAGUAGUACAAAAGACAAUACCCUAAUUUUUCUCUCUGCCUCUCAGUCCCUAUUUUCAUCUCCGGCAACUUCUCCUCCGUCGCCGCCACUGCCUCCGCCGUGACUUUCCACCCUUUUACGCCGCACCAGCAUCUUCAAUUUGAUUACUUGGGUCAAAGAUUUUUGUCAUUCUCAAUCAUGGCAACUAGACUUCAGUUUGAAAAUUCUUGUGAAGUUGGAGUCUUCUCUAAACUCACCAAUGCCUAUUGUUUGGUUGCCAUUGGUGGUUCUGAAAGCUUCUACAGUGUAUUUGAAGCUGAGUUAACGGAUGUUAUCCCUGUGGUCAAGACAUCCAUUGGUGGUACUCGUAUUAUUGGUCGUCUUUGUGCUGGAAACAAGAAUGGGCUUCUCUUGCCCCACACCACCACAGACCAAGAACUUCAACAUUUGAGAAACAGUCUACCUGAUCAAGUUGUUGUUCAGCGAAUAGAAGAAAGAUUAUCUGCACUGGGAAAUUGUAUAGCGUGUAAUGAUCAUGUGGCCCUCACUCACACUGAUCUUGACAGGGAGACUGAGGAGAUGAUUGCAGAUGUUCUUGGAGUAGAAGUUUUCAGGCAGACGAUUGCUGGUAAUAUUCUUGUUGGUAGUUACUGUGCCUUAUCCAACAGAGGUGGUUUGGUCCACCCUCAUACUUCCAUAGAAGACUUGGAUGAACUUUCUACACUUCUUCAGGUUCCUUUGGUGGCUGGUACCGUAAACCGGGGCAGUGAAGUAAUAGCUGCUGGAAUGACAGUUAAUGAUUGGACGGCAUUUUGUGGUUCAGACACCACAGCAACAGAGCUUUCUGUAAUUGAGAGUGUUUUCAAGCUGAGAGAAGCUCAGCCUAGUGCCAUUGUGGAUGAGAUGAGGAAAUCUCUCAUCGAUAGCUAUGUCUGAAAUGUGGUAAUAGUGUUUGUUUUGGGCAAAAGAAGAUAUUGCACUGCUCGUUGUUAAGAUCUUAUUAAGUUCUGGUGAUAGUUAAUAUUGUGCGGUGUGAACUUACAUAUUUGCAUUCCAAAAAUGGAUUUUGUACUUUUCAUUAAGUUUGAUAUCGUAUAAUAUUUCUUAGUGAAUGCUUAUGCGUUCCGCCCUUGAUGUACUAGAUGUCUUCGUGUGAAUUGGAGGUUCCUGUGGUGACACUCGUUUUUCUUCAUCGACUUGAUAAGCGCUCCUUUUUUAUGUCGACAUAUUACACUCCUAAAUCCUUUGACCUUGCACAAUAUUUUACACUGUCAUUCAUAGACAAGAAGACUUUUUUUAAGUAAAUUUCGAGCAGCUAAUAUGUACUUAUUUUAAGUUGGAAUAAGUUUUUACUUGUACAAUAAAUUUGGGUUUUUCCAAACAUUUAUACAAAAUUCACAUUAACUUUUAUG